AGGCUAUCCGCGCAUUUCCAUUGUACCAUCUUCGAGUCCUUGCGAUUCAGUGUGUAUUCCAUGUUCAUCAUCUCAUAAAUGUUUUCAGUAUAAAUAGCAUUACUUUUCUUGCUAAUACCAUUUUUGAUGAUCUUCCGAGAAAAGCAAUAACACGCUUUUGUUGUUUUGUAUAGCUUUCUCCUGUCCUCCGUGUAGCAUAUUAAAAAGUGCGAUUUUACAAGAGCCUACAUAUUUGCGGUCGUAGGUACGACUGCAAGGUUUACAAGACGCGACCUGCGCUAGUGUCAAUAAAGCCGCCUUCUUCAAUUCGUUCUGAAUUUAGACCUGUGGAUAGGCAUAGGCAGCGCUCGACAGACGUUACUCAUUGGACAAUUCCCAUAUAAUUGCUCACUUUAGGAGGAAAGCGCGAAGCUUUUCGAAAAUUUAGACGACGACAAGGAAAAAUCCGUAUAAUAAUAUUUCUUGGCCCAUAUUAAAGCGAAUCAUUCUAUGCCCCACACGACCAGCAGCCGUCUUAGUACCGCGACACCAACCUCCACCACUGCCCUAACCCAGUUGUACGGGCGGCGACCGCAACUACACGACUAAGGCUCGUAGAAAGAUUGACCCGCGAGUUGGACAUCAAAAUCUGACACGACGAACCCGUCCUAUCCCUGAAUGGGGGUCCACAGCAAAACCGACGAUCUCGACCAAGUGAAUACCUUGGACAUCCUAUUACAAUGAAAAUGCCCCCACCCCCGAGCUUGGGAGCAUUUGUAUUGCAAACCUUUCCAAGAGAAACACUCGCCCUCUUGUAUCUAUCAGCAUCACAUAUUUCCAAUCGUGAAUAGCAAACAUUUGUAUUGCAAAAGAUCCCAGCAGGAGCGGCGCUUGUCAUGCAAGCGAUGCGAUAUACGCCUAGCCCCUGCAUCAGAAAGAUUCAUACUCCUUUCACGCAUGACAAAAAGUUUUUAUUUGGAAACUUCGCAUCACAAAUUUUUGCAACUUUGGGGGUGGGGGCAUUUUUCACUGUAAUACAUCCCCUCCUCGACGGCCGAAAACUCCUCUACCGCUAGCUCUAUCUCGGGCUCGGACUCCCCGGACCUGCUAACUAGCAUGACUGUGGAGACCUCUACGCUGAAAACGGACCAGGCUGCGCUGAUUGAAGGGAAGUUGUCCGAGUUGGCGAAGGAGAAGGAGCUUGGAAUCGCCAAGCACCGAGAGGAAAUGAAGAUGAAGGAAGAGCAGCUGGAACAAUACAAAGCCAUGCUGUUGACACAAAGCCCACCGCAGGCGAAUGGUAUGAGAACGAAAAACACGUUUUUUGUGAUUCUGAGUCUGAUACUGAUUGCAAGAUUUUGCAUGAAGAGAGAAUGAGUUUGUUUUUCUUGCACAUGAUUGCCCAUACCACGUAUACAAGAUGCACUGCAGUUCUUUUUCAACACGAAAGUAAAUGCACGUUACCCUGGUAGUUCUUUGUGAUAAAAGAUUUCACGAUGAAACUCAAGUGAAGAAAUAGCUUCCGCUGCAACAUGACCCCAAAUGAAAUGAAAACACAGGCCACACUUCCAAGCCAGACGCUUCGGUUCUGCAGCAGGAGGUGGAUAAGCUGAAGGCCACGAUAGCAGAUUUAAAGGCGAAAGAGAAGGUUUCAAUGGACAGGUUAGCGGAAUUGCAAGAAAACAAAGCCACCAUGGAAGCACAGAGAGAAGAGCAGGAAAAAGAGUAUUGAAAUUUGUGUUGUAGGUUUUUUGAUACCAGGCGCAUUUCGUCAUGUUGCUAAUGUUUAUUCUAGAAGGUAUGUUACAGUGAUAGUGCUAGUUGUGUUUGCAACUGGAUAUGAUCAUGCAGCAAGUCUGUAACUGUAAUGCGACUUCGUUAUAAAAAAAUCAAAUUCAAAUCUACUUCAGGUUGGAGGAAAACAUUGAGAAGUUGAACAAGGCCGCCCUUGUUGCGGAGCAGGAAUUUUUGAAAAUUAUCGAGCGAAGCGGCCAGGAGGAAGGCGCUUUGGUAUUUUUGAUGAUCAUGUUGCGAGCUGUGCAAGACAAAGUCUUUUACCAGAGCGGAAUAUGCAUGACAAAGAACGAACUUCAGUGUUAUCUCGUUCUAAUCUCUCAUCCGCAAUACAAAUCAGGCAAACACGGUCCAGACGUUGACCGCGGCUUUAGAAAAGCAACGGGCAGAGAAUGACCAAGUCUGGAAGAAAGCACAGUUGGAAGCAGGUUUAACCCCGAUCGAGUCCCAGGUUACGGAAUUGUCGGCACAAGUCGAGAUGUUGAAGACGCAGCACGAGACAAGUAUAGGAUACUAUUUCAGUCGGGACUUUGUGAUGCAGAAAACUAUGCUCAACAUCCUAUCAUCAAUUUACGAAAUUUCAGGUUCUCAAUGCAUGGCACGCAUGACAGAAUAAGACUCCAAUUUUGAUGCACUAUUACAAAUAAAACCUCUACUUCACAGAUGCCAACCAACUAGCGGAAUCCAAGGAUAACCUUCACAGCCUUCAAUUGGAACUGGAAGAGGAGCAGGCUACGAUCAACGGACUUGUGGAAAAGAGCGAGGAAGAGGUAUAAUUUUUCUGCUAUGCAUUUCAUGCAUGACAAAGCUUUCUCUUUCGCAUCCUCCGCAUGACAAACUUCUCCCUCUCUGAAGCGAUUUGUUUUUCGAUUUGUGAUGCAAAAACCACAUCACAACACAGCUCCGAUCCCUGAAGACCGAGGGUGAGACCGCUCAGAAGCAGGCUAACGACAUCACGACCGAGACGAAUCAGAAAAUUGACGAGAGCACACAAGUGAAGGUGCAGAUACAGCAGCUGGAACAGGUGAAAAUUGUUUUUUACUAGAUUACAUUUCUAGCAUGAGAAAGUGUGCGAGUUUUGCUUUUUUUGCAUGACAAGUUCCGGCACGGUGCCGAGGACGUGCUUGCUGCGUCUUAUGCAUGACAAUGACAACUGAUCCAAAUCCAAUCAAAUAGAAACCCAAAUAAAAACAUAAACUAUCUUCAGACCAAGAACACCUUGGCCCAGCAGAAGGCCGAGUUGCUUGCGAAGAAACAGAAAGAGGACGACCGCAUGAAGGAACUGAAAGAAAAAAACACGGAACUCAACCGGGAAAAACUUCGCAUGGAAGGAGAAAUCCGAAAAAUCGAAAACUCUUUGGCCGACACAAGAGAUGAGGAAAACGGAAAGGCAGCAGUGGUGGCCAAGAGAAGAGAAGCGGUAUUGAUUGUUGUGGUUCUUGCAUGACAGAAUUGAGUCUUUCACAUGUUCAUGUUGACAGAGGUCGCAUGACAGUAUCACCAUCACUUCUUUCCUAUGCAUCACAAAUAAAAACGUACAAAAAAACAGUUGGAGAAGGAACUUGUGGCGAAGCAGGAGCAGGUGAAAAAGGACGAAAUUGUCUACGAGACGCAGUUCGCCGAGCAAAUUAAGCUCGCGCAGCAGAAGAUGCAGUCGGAGCAAACGGAGGAGUUGAACGACCAGAAGCGAUUGCUGGAGGAGGUCAAAUCCGAAAACGAGCAGUUGCGGUUGCGCAUGAAGGCCCUGGAAAAGAACAUCCAGAACGAGAAAAAAACCAAGGCCGCGAAAGCGAAAACCAUGAACUCGCCGCGUUAAUCAGUUUCAUCUUCGGAGGGGAAUAGUACAAGGGAAUAAACUCGGAUUUUCGGAUUUUAGAAAACGGAUUGGAACUUUGAUACCUAUGCGACUGGUGAACGUGAAGAAAGCGGCGCUAGCGCAUCUGUGGGUGUGGUGUGGUGGAGAUGCGAUGAAACUGACAACCUCACAAUUAGACCCUAACCUGCUGCUGGAAGUGGAAGAUUAAACCUUUUGAUGUUGUCACAGCCACUUUCAUACGAUACCUACUUCCGGAUCUGAGUUAGCUCCGAGAUUUUAUCAAUCUACUGCUCUUAGUGCCUUACCCUUCCUGAAGAACCCGUUUCUAUGAAGGCACUAGCUACUCUCUACCUAGCAUCACGCUCCUGAUCUCCCCGCACUUCAUACCUUUAUUCAAAUCCUCGCCACCCCGCCCACUCCUGGGAUAGAUAGUACGCAUAUUACAAAAUCCCGCUUCUAGAAGAUAUCCGAGAUGAAGGGCGAUAUUUUCUUGUCGUAGAAGAUCGCUUAUGAAAAGAACUAGACUCCGUUUUCGUAUAAUUCUCAAAGAUAAGCUUAACAACAGAGAUAUCAAAUGCAAAUAUAUCUGGGCGGUCUGGAAGAGUGCAAACUUGUCAUGCAUAUUUUGCAUGCCCCAUGAGGUCUGAGAUGCAGGACCUAGCAUGACAGGUUCUGCGAAGUCUCUAUCACUAUCAUGUCUAUCCUGCAUGACAAACUGCCGCUAACCUUGUUCAAACGUGGACACCUUUUGGCAAUCAUGCAAGACAAAUUUUUGUACUAUCCAGACUUAGCAUGACAACUUGCAUCCUUCCAGAGGACCCAGACAUUUUUGCAAUGCAUAAGAGAGAUUAAUAAAUCUCGUCCAGUUUACUUACAAUUGUCGCACAAAUUUUUUUAUCCCGUGCAAAAGUAUCGUACUUGUAGUAAUUGCAAUCAUGCAUUACAAAUCUUCUUAUCAGGGCAAAUCCCCAUUACAAAUUCCAUUUCUCAUUCAUCUAAGGAAAUUUGUAUUGCAAUUUAUACUAGUACGAUACUUCUGCAAUCCAUAUUUUUUCCCAGGAUUUCUGAAGGUGCCUGUUGUGCUUAACCACCCCGACGGAGGAGCAGUAGAUGAAGAUGACCACACACAACUACCUAGCACAGCAGCUGGCCCAUAAGAUAAGGUCAGCUGACAAAAAACAAUUUCUCCUCGUCGCAUAGGAAUAGUAGACCACACAAGAACACCACAACCAGCAACAGCAUCUUCAGCCUGGAUUGAUCUAGAAGCAUCAAAAUGAACAUCGUUUUUUGUAGUAUUUACAACAAUUUACUUCAACAUCAGGACCAGCGUAGGAUGUUGCACAACUACUAUGGCAAGGGCUCAAAGAAGUAGAAAUAGUGUCACGAGACAUUUUCUACGAGUCUUUUGCGAAGCAUGACAAAGUAAACUUUUCCGAUAUCUCGCAUUAUCUUCAUUUUCAAAAAAUCAGCAUCGGGAGAGCAGCUUCAUGAAGAUUCUGUUCCCGGCAAGAAAACAAAAACGUAUGGAGCCUUAUUUCAUCAAUGAAUUGCUUUUCACAUCAAUCUGCUAAACCAACAACGUAGACCGUAGAGGCAAAAGGAAUCGCAGACCACAGCUUCCUCGGGCGAUAUUGAUGUGGAACCACAUGGUUUAUCUGCUUCGAUUUCGCGAAUUUGUCCUGUAAUUGUAUCCUUUUUAAACGCAGCGAAAUUAUGGAGACGACUGCUUCGGGUGGCCACCACAGUACCAAAAAUUACAUGGCCACUCGCGAGCACAGAUGAGGAGUUCUGCAGCUGGUGUUUGGCCAAGAAGUUGAAAAGGACAUUUUUUAUUCUCCCUCGUUGUUAUCACUAAGAGUGGUUAGGUUGGCGUCGCGUUGAGUCCGGUUUCUUUGGUGCUGUAAACCACUUGCAAAAUUUUAUAACUAUUUGUAGAUGUAAUACUUAUAUGCUUUGGCGAUCGUAGGGCUCCUGUUGUUGUUCACAUUUUGCUACGAAGUAAAAUUUUCUCGCUGCCAUUUCAAGCAAAUAUACAUGCGCGUCAGCUGAAUUCUGGUUUUUGUCGUUGUUGUUCUGCAGGUUUGUUGUGACGCAGAAAACAAAGUUGUUGAUGCUGUGAAAACCCGACUGCCGAAACAUGUACUGAACUGAGGUAAAAUAAAGCGUGUACAACUUGAACCUGUGUGUCGCUGUUACUUGUUGUUUGUAUAGCAGCAAGGCUCAACAAGAACAGUAGCAGCUGUACCAGGUGGCGAC